CCGUCCACCGGCACGAGCAAGUUCUACACACGCGGCUACAACUCUCAUUCAAACUGAGACGGUUCUGGACGCGAAAAGGCGGAUUUAUUCCACACCGAAUCAGAUAGUCGUAAAUACCCUUUUUGACGUGGUGACUUUUUUUUAUCGCGAGGCAGCUUUGUUGGAAGGAUUUUGUUCAUAAUCGGAGACAUUUUUCAGUAUCCCGCGCGCGCUAUCGUAACUGUGCGCGCGCUAACGUUAAUUAGCUUACUGGCUAGCAAGAGCUAUUCUCAACAGGACAGAACUGCAACGUGUGGAUGUACCCCUGCUCAUCUGCAGUUACAGUUGCACAAUGGCUUUCUGUUCACUCUGCUUGAUGGCUCAGCACCAAAGGAAAAUCAACAGAUCUAGUACAAUUACAGGAUAGCAAUAAGCCCACACUAUAUACCUCCGUUUACCUUAAUUGUUUUCUGGUCCUUGCCAGGUAAACGCUUUACAAGUUUGCACUGCUAAAUCUCUGAAAUCCUGUUUAAAACAGGUGGGCCUGAAGAGAAUUUAAUUAUUUAUUUUACCACAUACCUCUUUAUUUUAGUAGCUGCUGUUUCAAAAUAGCAUUAUAAAGCUAUUCUGACAGGCAUUCAUCCCUUUUAAGAUUGUGAAGCAAUUCGUCUAUAGUCUACAAUCAUGGUUUCAACAACUGCGACUGCAAUAAUACUGGUCAGCACAGUAGGGCUAGCGACCCAGACUGCUCUGACAGAAUAUAUGUGGCUGUUGAUUGUUGGCUUCAUCAUCGCCUUCAUCUUAGCCUUUUCUGUGGGUGCCAAUGAUGUUGCCAACUCAUUUGGCACAGCAGUGGGCUCUGGAGUGGUCACCUUGCGCCAGGCGUGCAUUCUGGCUACAGUGUUUGAGACUCUGGGCUCUGUGCUCCUUGGGGCCAAAGUGAGCGAAACCAUCCGCAAGGGUAUCAUUGACGUGGGCAUGUACAACGGCUCUGAGCAUGUGUUGAUGGCUGGAUCCAUCAGUGCCAUGUUUGGAUCUGCUGUGUGGCAGCUCGCCGCCUCCUUCCUUAAGCUCCCCAUCUCUGGAACACACUGCAUUGUUGGUGCUACUAUCGGCUUCUCGCUUGUUGCCAGAGGCCAGCAGGGAGUCAAGUGGUUUGAACUCCUCCGCAUCGUUGCUUCCUGGUUCCUGAGUCCCCUUUUGUCUGGAAUAAUGUCAGGCAUUGUUUUCUACUUUGUGCGUGCGUUCAUCUUACGCAAGAAAGACCCUGUGCCUAAUGGAUUGAGGGCCCUGCCUCUGUUUUACGCCGUGACCAUGGGAAUCAACCUGUUCUCCAUCAUGUUCACUGGAGCUCCGAUGCUGGGAUUUGACAAGAUCCCUUGGUGGGGCACCCUGCUCAUCUCGUUGGGCUUCUCUCUGCUGACCGCCACUGUUGUCUGGUUUAUUGUCUGCCCUCGCCUCAAGAAGAAGAUUGCACGAGAUAUCAAGUCUUCCAGCCCCUCAGAGAGCCCCCUGAUGGAGAAGAGGGAGCUAAGAGAGGCCCACUGUCCAAUCCUGAAACAGACUGCCAAGGAGACCUCUAUGCCCACCACCCCAGCUGUCAAUCAAAGCCCCUCUGCUCAGCCCCAGGCUGCCCCUGAGGAGCGGAGGGUGGCGUUUGACAUCGGAGAUUCUGAUGAUCUUGACAAUAAUAAGGAACGCAAGGUGGCGUUUGACAUUGGAGAUUCUGAUGAGACAGACUACAGCGUUGCAAAUGGUGCUCCUAAACAAGUUGAAUCAGUCAGUCAGGUCCAAGUCAACAACCAGGAAGUCCACCACAGCAAUGGCUCCGCAAAUACUCCCAAUCAGGUCCAAUUCAACAACCACCCUCAGUUCAACAACAGGCCGGCGCAGAUUCCAAGUAACGGUUACAGCCAAUACCACACGGUCCACAAGGACUCUGGCCUCUACAAGGACCUACUGCACAAGCUCCACCUGGCCAAGGUUGGUGACUGCAUGGGCGAGGGGGGCGACCGACCUAUCCGGCGCAACAACAGCUACACCUCCUACACCAUGGCCAUCAUUGGCAUGCACGGAGACUUCAAGCACAAAGAAGGGGAAUAUCGUGCCAGCGAGGAUUGCGACAAGGGCCCAGUGUCAGGUGGUCAGGACAGGAAGCGCGUGCGUAUGGACAGUUACACUAGCUACUGCAAUGCUGUGGCAGAGCACACGACUCCUGAAGCUCUGGGAGAGAGUGAUGUGACACUAGAAAUGGGUAAGGAGGAUGCAGGUAGCAGCCAAACCUCUCUGGAUGAUGAUGGCCUUGAAGCAGACAAGCCAGAAGUAGCGACUCUCUUCCAGUUCCUCCAAAUUCUCACCGCCUGUUUCGGAUCCUUUGCCCAUGGAGGAAACGAUGUUAGUAACGCCAUUGGGCCGUUGGUAGCUCUGUGGCUAGUUUACACAACCAGUAGCGUGACUUCAAAUGAACCCACUCCCAUUUGGCUGCUGCUGUAUGGUGGCGUUGGCAUCUGCGCUGGACUCUGGGUGUGGGGUCGCAGAGUGAUCCAGACUAUGGGCAAGGACCUUACCCCCAUCACGCCCUCAAGUGGUUUCAGCAUCGAACUGGCCUCAGCCCUGACUGUCGUGGUAGCCUCUAACAUUGGCCUGCCUGUCUCCACCACCCACUGCAAGGUGGGCUCUGUGGUUGCAGUAGGAUGGCUGCGCUCAAAGAAGGCCGUAGACUGGCGUCUGUUCAGAAACAUCUUCAUGGCUUGGUUUGUGACGGUGCCCAUUUCUGGCCUGAUCAGUGCCGCCAUCAUGGCAAUCUUCAUCUAUGGCAUCCUAUGAGUAUUCGGGCGCACCCCAAGCAGGGGAGGAGAAAGAAACCGCUCCGGUGGCACCAGACGGAAAGGAGUAGGAAGGCCAAAAUAUAUCGCUUACCUCAAGCCAACAACUUUGGAAGAAAAGGAAAAAAAAAAUAGAAAUGUUUGGAAGGACUUGUGAUAUGGGCCUGUGGUUCUUGGCUGCAUCAUUUUCAACCUAGAAUUUGCUGUUUGUUCGAGUUGGGCAACAUUACUUCCAGGGAAGCCUGCAUUUCUUUAUUCUGACUUGCUUUUUCAUAUCUCAUUCUGUAAAGAGUUAAUCUAAAAGCAUCAACUGUUCUUUUUUUCUAAUACUGAAUCUUCCAUUUUUCUUAUUUAGCAAUUAUGUGUAUACAACCAUGCUCUGUUUUUAAUUUUGUUAUGUUAGAAAGAAAUGAACAAUUAAAAUGCAGUAUUAGCCUUUGCAGAUGUAACUCCAGUCAUAACACAUGCUGAAAGUAAUGUGGAUUUUUAGGUGAGGAAUGAGGUUAUUGGUGUGCAUGUGCGUGUUUUCCACCAGUUCCAAGUAUUUAUUAAUGAAUUCAUGUUUUGCAUUUGGCUUCCUUGUAUCCCCUAAACUGGGACACUACUUUUCCUCUCGUUAUAGAACAACAUUCAACUCUAAAUUCAGAGAGGUUGGUUACAGUGUUUUCUACCAAUACUUUAAAUUAUGCGAUCACAUUAACAGCACUGCAGUUUUAUCUAUGUGACACACACAUCGGAGUAAUUUACAAUGGUAGAAGCACUAAUCGUACGCACUGGAUGCCCACCUGCAGAAUGAUAUGUGAAAUACUGUAUCAUUAGCAUAAAAAGUCAGCACACUUCUGGUAGGAAAUGACAACGCCCUGAUAGUUUAAGUCAGUGAAAUAUCUGUGAUCCAGGUGUUUCAUAUGAAUCCCUUGAGGCUCUACAUUCUUGAUCAGCGCACACACAUCUGCCUGAAAUAACAUGGUUACUUUAAUUUGAGAACUGCAACAAACCAGAAUGUCAAAUGAUGCAAAAACAUGCUCUCAAACAAGACCUUAAGUCUCCUGUUAAAACUUGAUUGCAUCAUCCUUGAUGGUUAAAUGCUUUAGGCCUGCUUCAGCCUGGUUUUUCUAGUUCACUUGGAUCAGCCACUUCCAAGUAUGGUUUUUUUUUGUUUGUUUUUUUUUUCUGUGAAUUUGUACCUGGCCAGACAUUUAGUUUGCUCUAGCUUGCCUCUUUCUCCUUUAGCCUCAGAGGCUGAAUAAGGUUGUAAAUCAGGAGGAACAAAUAACCUAAAACUGGAAGUUAUCUAAUGGGGUGGUUUGAUGUUGAGCUGAUCUGGUCUCGUAUUUGAAUGACAGCAGACAUAUGUUGCAUGCCAACAGUGUUUGGUCACCGGGCUGCAGAACUAAAUGCAUUUCAGACCUAUAGAUGCUGUAGUUGCCUUAUUUGUUUUAUUUUCCCUUAGGUACCAAAGAAAAUAGAGUUUUGUUUUUUAAAUGCACAUCAACAUACUCUAGUCCACACUGUUGGAUUUAAAAAAACAAAACAAAAAAACAAAUAAAAAUGGGAAAAUACUCGUA